AUGCCAAGCCGCUACAGCUCUGGUCGCCGGAAUAAUGGCAACUAUGACUUUACAACUGACUCGACUUCUUCAAUUACUUUUCUUGGAAAACGCAUCACUCGUGAAUAUCGGUCAGCAUUCGUUUUACCGGACGAAAAAGUUGUUACUGUCACCCGCAAGGAAACCUUUCUGCCAGAAGAAGCUUCUGUCGACGUGAUAGUCUCUAUAUCUCUGGCUGGGCCUGAAGAGCUUUUGUCUAAGCCUCUUCCAGUCGUACUUAAGCAAGAGAAAAUUAUAGAUCAUUUGAAACAAGAUCCAUGGGCAAAGGCCAUGUUGUCCUCUGAAGAGUCAAAAGAUGCCGAACUUUUGGGUCGUAUUGGUGCAGAGUACAAUUCAUCCCCAGACCGAUUUCGAGUAGAGAGAAGCGAGAAAAAGCGCCGUCGCGAAGAGAUUGUAACAUUAAAGGAUCGAUGGAGUGAUGAAGAUAGCAUGGGCAACACUGGAUUGGAGCAUAAUUGGACACUGACUUCGGACACUGGGCAUCGGAAAAAUUAUUAUCUGAGUCCAGAUUCUAUUAAUCGUGCAAAUAAGGGAGAUUCUGGAAUAUCGGAAGACUUGAGAACAAGAAACGAUUGGACUUCCUCCUUCGGUAGCUAUCAGACAUCUGAAGAGGCAAAGCGACUUUACCAUCGGACUCCAGCUGUAGCUCCUGUUCUACAACGUCGUGGCAGAGUGACACAUUCACACUCCUUAGAUAGGAGCUACAUGGAUGCCAGAUCAAGGGCUUACAAAACCAGAAUGGAAGAUAUGGACCAGGUUCAACCAGGGAUGGAUAUGCGACGAUCUUUUGAAGAGCUGCGUCGCCAAUGGAGUGACAGAGCAGCCCGCCGAGGGGUAUUUGCUGACUACGAUGUUCCUUUUCCUGAUGGCUUGUCGGGUCAGCUUCGCAAAAGAGUAUCCACAGUUCCUGCCCUACCAACAGAUGGCAGCGCGGCUUGCGAAUGGGCC